CGACGACGACUGCUGCCGGCGCCUGUUGAAGUGCAUCUCAUCUCUCCCAGGGUCAUCCUCAUGGCCAACUUUUGCUGUGCCCAUCCUAGUUGAGCUUCUUCCUUUGUGUUACCAUCGUCUUAAAUAUCAGUCCUUUCUCACUCUUCCCUCGAGGACCGCCUGCCAUCGUUGUAGACCCUCUCCCACACUUCUCCCAACAUGACGUCUUCACCUCUGGCGGAAAAGGUUCCCAAACCUCUCAAGGAACUUACCCAAUCCUUCACCGAGUCAGUCAAGGCUACUGGAAUCCCAGACGCAAUCUUCUCCCACGAACAUGAGUCGGAAGCUCACAAGAUGUGGCGCAGCCACGCCAACCACUCUGGCGACUCUUCACAGCCUCAUCCAGUGCCGGGUAUCCAGUCUUCCCAGGCCACGGGAGUCAUCUACAUCACAAAUCGCGCUCAAGCAGCCGGGUUUGGGCCUGGAGUCGAAGGAUGGGCCAAUUGUGGACAAGGCGCACCCGAGACGGGACUUAUCCCGGGCGCGGCACCCAAGCCUAGCACACUAGACUUUGGCGAGUAUGGGGAUGAUAUUCACGAGUAUGCACCUACGGCUGGAUUCAAGCCAUUGAGGGAAGCCAUUGCAGACUAUUACAAUCGAGAAUUCAGACAGGACAAGUCCAUGAAGUACGGGCCAGAAAAUGUAUGUGUUGUGCCUGGAGGACGAGGUGGUUUAUCUCGCAUAGCCGCUGUACUAGGCGACAUCAAUCUCGGAUUCAGCGUUCCCGUCUACUCGGCCUACGAACAGAUGCUUUCCGCCUUCAGUCGUUUUGUGCCUAUUCCAACACAGACCGAAGCUAAGAACGGAUACACGCUGACGGCGGAGGAGAUCCGCAAAGAGAUUCUGGGUCGGGGACUGUCUGCUUUCCUACUCUCGAAUCCCAACAAUCCUACCGGCAGACAGAUUCACGGUCAAGAAUUGGCAGAUCUAGUGAAAGUAGGAAGAGAUACGGAAUGCUCUAUGAUUCUGGACGAGUUCUACUCGUGGUACCAACACACGGGGGAGCUUGGAAAAGCGGUUUCAGCAGCUCGCUAUGUGGAGGACCCGAAUGAGGACCCUAUCAUUCUCAUCGACGGGCUGACCAAGAACUGGCGUUGCCCAGGCUGGCGUGUCUGCUGGGUUGUAGGUCCGUCUGAGCUGGUCUCUGCCCUUUCAGCGGCAGGGUCAUUCCUGGACGGUGGUGCCUCGCAUCCGAUGCAAUGUCUCGCCAUUGAGAUGCUGAAGCCGGAGCGGGUGGAAGCUGAUCGCUUGGCCCUGCAGCGCCAUUUCCGAAUGAAGCGGAAUCACGUCCUGGAGAGGCUCGAGAAGAUGGGCCUGUCCAUUGCCAACCCGCCUGACAGCACUUUCUACAUAUGGGUCGAUUUGAAGUCUCUCCCCGCCCCGCUCACGAGCGGUAUGGUCUUUGCUGAAGAGGCUCUAAAGGAGAAGGUCAUCGUCGUGCCAGGCAUCUUCUUUGACGUCAAUCCGAGUCGUAGAAGGAAUAUCCUGCACUCGCCCUGCGAGAGCUACAGUGAGUUGGCGCUGGUCCCUCGAAAGAGCUGUAUUUGUGUCACUUGCUCGACAAUGACUGACCGAUCCCCAUCCUUGCCAUUGCGACAGUCCGAUUUUCGUUUGGCCCUCCACUCGAAGAGCUUGACCUGGGUCUGGAUGGCUUCGAAAGGCUAAUUGAGAAGGCUCGUCGGGGCGACGAAAGUCUGGGCAAGGGGUACUUGAAGAGCGAGGAUUCACAUCAUACUGUUGGGAGCGUAGGCGCCUCAGGAAGCUGAGUCUCGCAAUGCUGAGCGAACUUUUGUGAACCAGCCAAUACCAUGUCGGCAUCGCUCCGUAUCACGCUCCUCUGCUCGCCUCCUCUUGACAGGGGGUCCGCUGAGCAUGUGGACGGGCUAUUUCC